UCAGCGAUGUCGGGACUCCCUUACGCAGUGCCUUCAAACUACGUCAUCCGCCUCGUGGAGGAGAGCGCUGUGGCCAAUCCAGUUCUUGAUGCUUCGACUGGAGGCGCCCUCGGUGAGCCAAUUCAACCUCACCCGGGUCCACACCCAGCCUUCCCACACCAUUUUCAAUUCCCCCAGAUCUCACUUCAUAACUUGACUCUGAGGGCGCACUACCAUGGACCACACGCUCCGGACAGUAUCAGGACUUCUAGCUCAGGUACAUGGGCGCCAGCUACCGACAUUCGCGAAUCCCUACGGUUUUACCACAUCGAAAUCGAGACUCCCGGUACAACUGACAAGGAGAGCCUGUUGAUCCAAUGGCUAAGCCCACAUACGCUCCUGGUGCAAGGGAACGUCAAGCGACCUGCAAAUAUUGGUCUCCUCGAUAGCGAGGAAGGAGAGAAGGUAUGGGAAGGCAAGGAUGAUGGCUGGGCCAGAGAGGCCGGCCAUGACAGGAAACCGACGACCGAUGGUGGCCCCAUUGAGCGCACACCAUCACGGGAGACAGUGGAAGCUGAACUGCUGACCGACACCCGGCCCACCGUUUUGCUUUCAGAGCGAAGACUUGGCCCUUGGAGACGCACUUUCACAUUGCCCGACGAUGUUGAGAUCCAAGAAUUGAAGGCUCGUCUUGACGGGGGCCUUUUGCGGAUCGAUGUACCCAAGCGCAGCGUCGAGGACGAAGCUCAGCAGAAACACGGUGGUGUCAAGGUUACUAUUGAAUGA